AUGCUCAACAUCUAUAUCUUACCGACAGAUGAUUUAUACAAAACUAGUGCGCCUGCUAUUAUGCGUCGCAUCAUACCCAAGCGAAAGGCGUUUGUGAAUAAGCUGGUGGAUAUUAAACAAAUAUGCGAGCAAAGAAGAGAUUACAAAAGGAAGGCUCAGUCGGUAUAUAAAGUCUGGGGUCGAUGGAUAUCACAGCAGGAUGAAAAGAUCAGCCGGCCAGCUGCUCCCACCUUUCCUUUCCCAGCCACUUUUACGAAUUAUCUCUUUGGAAAAGGACAUUACACCGUAAUCUAUGACGGUAAUUCAACUUUAAUCAUGUCGAAGAUGGCAUACUCUUCAUUCUUUAGAAUACCUGUCACCUGCUAUCAAACACUCGGUACCAACGAUCAAGCUAUGCUACUGCCAAGAAGUCGUCUUGAACGCUCUACCUCACUUCUACGAGAUUGA